GAAAUGGGGCAUUUGGGGGACAUUCGAGAAAAAGUAGCAUAAUCAAUGGUUUCAACGCAUUAUUGUACAGCGGUUUUACUAACAAUGAUCUAACAAGGUACAACGAUAGAUCGUGCACAAUUCGACACAAAGUAUUCCUCGGUCGAGCCAGCGAAAUGAAACCCACAUCGCGAGAAGGAAUGCUGCAGAAACCACGUCGCCUUAUUAAAUAUUCAAACGUGCCAUACUGUGCAUCUUGGCGGGCCAAUUUCAUUGAUGGACACGAUGAUUACGCGGUUAUAAUUUGGUCGUGAUUUCUGUUCAUUCUUGUUCAUUGGCUACCUAUUAAAUUGCAUUGAUCGAUUUUGACGAUUCCUCAAAAAUGCAUAAUGUGGUGCGGGAACCGCGUUAUUCUUGGGAACGCCUCUAUGGCAGCGUCCAGUAGCUACGUAAUGUUAAACAUAUCAGACAUUGAUUCCCUACGCAUACUGUACAUAAACAUCAACAGCUCAAUAUCGGCUGUAACGUUCGAGCCAAUUCCGUUCUGUCCUUACAGUGUUACGGAAUCAAUGGAUGACAAUAUAGUCAUAGUUGAAAACGAAGACAAAUUUUCUAUACUACGUCGACUGAUUUAAAUAUUCCGAGUUCAGGAUGGAAUUAUGUUAGUGUCUUUUGUAAAUUCGAAUAUUGAACACGUAGGGAAAACUAUGUGGUGGUCUAAGCGACUAGCGGUUCAGUGGUUAAUAUUGAAAUUUUGCAUUGGAUACGGCGAAAUUGCUGCGCAAAAUAGUUCUGCAGUUUUCGACGAAAAUGGCAAUUUAAUGAUUGGACUAGUCGUAAUUCACGAACGUGAGCAACCGGAAGUUCCCGCGCUGACGUCGCAAGCGAUCCGCUCCUUCUUAGCUGGAACCAGCGGCGUAUCGAUAUUUGACUACUACAUUGUCUACAAUCGAGAACAUGUGGUUUUCACAGACAACCCCGAACUUUGUUCGGCGAUGAACCGAGGCGUCAGCGUUAUCGUGGAUUUCACAUGGACCGACAGCAACCGCAUCAUGACGGCCGCCAACAACUUCAAUGUUCCGUACAUCCACGCCGAUGCGUUUUCGCAAACCUUCCUGAAGGUAAUGGAAAACUAUCUACGGGCACGUGGGGCCAACGACGUAGUGCACAUCUUCGACUCGACCGAGGCAGCCGAUUCGGCAAUCUACUUCCUGAUCACUGAGUCCCAGCUGCGAACGAUAAUAUUCGACCGGCUUAGCGACACGUCCAUCGCACGGAUUAAGGCCGUCCGGCCUUAUCCGUCGUAUUUCACGAUUACGGCCAAGACGUCUGAAAUGAAUGCGCUGUUCAGGAAGGCCACGGCACAUGGGUUGGUGCUGAAACCGGACAAAUGGAACUUGAUGUUUUUGGAGCCCAACACGGAUGGAUUUGAGUAUCACGAUUUAUAUCCGACCAUGAGUCGACUGAUGUUAGAUAAUAGCACCUGCUGUAUGUUGCUGAACCUGGACAGCGAUUGCAAGUGUCCUGCGGGUUUCAAGCCGUGGGAAGCUCAUUUGGGGAAUGUGGUGACGAGUGUGUUGGAGAAAAUCCGGUUGGAUCAACAUCCGUUGCUAAGUCAGGAUGAUUGCAGCGUGGAUGAAUCGGCAAAUAGAUCCAAUAAUGCCUAUGACAUAGCAAAGGAUCUCCGGAUGGACGCCCGCUUCUGGAUGCCUGAUGGCAGUCGAAUGUUGCGAUACAAUAUGAAUGUUUCAAUUUGGACAUCCACCGAAGAAGACAACUCGGAUGCCAUACAGCUGGGGACGAUCGAGAAAGGCGAGGUUAUGCCGUUCGACGGACAGAAGAUUAAACCGACCAAGCGGUACUUUCGUGUAGGAACUGCCGAGUCAAUCCCUUGGGCCUACCGGAAACGUGAUCCACUUACCAAUGAGAUAAUUCUGAACUACGUCGGUGAGCCGAUUUGGGAGGGAUACUGCGUAGAUUUUCUGCAUCAGUUGUCCAAGGUGAUGGACUUCGACUACGAUCUGGUAUCGCCUGAGAAGGGAACUUUCGGUAUGAGAGACAAAGCAGGUAACUGGGAUGGCUUGAUCGGUGAUCUGGUGGUUGGUGAGAUCGAUUUUGCCAUGGCUUCAAUGAAGAUGACCGCUGAGAGAGAAGAGGUGGUGGACUUCGUGGCUCCGUAUUUCGAGCAGACCGGUAUUCUGAUCGUGAUGAGAAAACCUGUCCGUGAAACGUCUUUGUUCAAGUUCAUGACCGUGUUGCGAUUGGAGGUAUGGCUGAGCAUUCUACUGGCUAUCGUGGCAACUGCCGUAAUGCUGUGGCUGCUGGAUAAGUUUUCGCCGUAUAGCGCUAAGAACAACAAGCAAGCUUAUCCGUACGAGUGUCGGGACUUCACGCUCAAGGAGAGCUUCUGGUUUGCAUUGACCUCUUUCACUCCGCAAGGAGGAGGAGAAGCACCUAAAGCUCUCUCCGGUCGUACCUUGGUGGCCGCGUACUGGUUGUUCGUCGUAUUGAUGUUGGCUACCUUCACCGCCAACUUGGCUGCGUUCCUUACCGUUGAACGUAUGCAGACUCCGGUUCAAUCCCUAGAGCAGCUGUCCCGCCAGAGUCGCAUCAAGUACACAGUGGUGAAGGACUCCGACACGCACGACUAUUUCAAGAACAUGAAAAACGCUGAGGACGUCCUGUACCAAAUGUGGCGUAACUUGACGCUUUCUAGCGGUAACGAUCAGACUCAAUACCGUGUUUGGGACUAUCCGAUCAAAGAGCAGUACAUAAACAUUCUAGCUGCCAUAGAAUCUGCGAAUCCAGUUCCUUCGGCUGAAGUUGGAUUCCAGCGGGUUAACGACGGUCUAGAGGCCGACUUUGCAUUCGUUCAUGACUCGGCGGAGAUCAAGUACGAAAUAUCUCGUAACUGUAACCUUACUGAAGUGGGGGAAGUUUUUGCCGAACAGCCGUAUGCAAUAGCGGUUCAACAAGGAAGCCAUCUGCAGGAUGAGCUGAGUUAUUAUAUUCUGGAACUGCAGAAGGAUCGUUACUUCGAAUCACUGACGGCAAAGUUUUGGAACAAUUCGGUACGCGGAGUUUGCCCGAAUACGGACGACAGCGAGGGAAUUACGCUGGAAAGCUUGGGCGGAGUGUUCAUUGCGACUCUCGUGGGACUUGCGCUGGCGAUGGUCACUUUGGCCGGGGAGGUGCUGUAUUAUCGCCGUAAGGAUCUGAAAGCCAAGCUGGUUCAGGUUGAACCGAUGAACGAAGGAAAGAAAAAGGAUGGGAAGGAUAAGCAUUCGCUGACCUUCAAGAAUUUGCUGAACACUGCGGACAUGAAGAACAAUUUGAACAAGGUCGUCGAGAAGAAGAUCCCGAAGGAGAUUACCAUUGGAAAUAAGUUUGUGCCGGCAUCGGAGAAGCAGCAGAAAAUUAGCUAUAUAUCGGUGUUUCCGAAGAAUCCUGUUAAUUGAAGAUUUCAACCACAUCAACCACAUCUUGAACCACAGCGAUGGUUUUUAGUGGUUUUUAAAGUAGUCGUAGCAACACAUUUUGGAUUAAGUUUUGCACUUCUUAUUUAGAUCAUAGCUGUACUACAUGAAUAAUCAAAAUUAUCUGCUUAUAUGUA